AUGUCGGACGACGAGUACUACGAAGACGACGAUGAUUGGUACUGGUAUGAAGACGAGUACACGGGCAUCGGCGACGACCUGGCCGCCACCGCCGUACAUUCCCCCAUCAUGGUCGAGGACCCAUCCCUUGAAAUCGUCGAGACCUUUAGCGAUUGGGAAUACUACUCUGAUGACUACUACGACGACGACCCAUCCAUUAUAAAAAAGCAAGGAACCGAGAGCGGCAGCGCAGAGGGCCAUACUGACGGGCCGCCACGGAAAAAGAAGCGAAAGCUAUCAGCCCUUCAAGACGUGCCUACCACCCUGUCACUGGGGCCGGCCAUUGUCGAUGGCAGCAGCAGCCCUACAGACGCCAAUUCGUUCCAGGGCGUGCUCUGGAGAAGACCGCCGGCCGCCGCUUUGGGAAAGGAAGAAAUCACACUGUACGAGCCUGGCAAGGGAGAAAAGGUUGCGUUGCUGAGCGACUGGAGAGAAGUUUUCAAAUCGUCUCUUGCCAGGACAGACUGGUUCCAGAAUGGCGUCAAUCCGCAAGAAGACGACGACAUGGAAAAGCAGCAGCAGCAUCUCGAACCUAUUGUCCGGGAGGAGGUCACGCCGGAAAUUCAAGAAAAUGGCGUCCGUGAAAACAGAUAUGCUACGUACUCUCCGCCACCGCUGGAAAUCGACGACAUGAACAAGUCGAUCAAUCGUCAGAGGGAGAAGAAUAUCCAGCCUGACUUGGGCAAACCUCAAUCUAAUCUGCGUGAAAUGAUGGUUGUGGGCGACAGCGAGGAAGGAGAACCCGAAGAGAUUGAAGAGUCGGCUGCUGCGCCGCUGGAAGAGCCUGCAGAUGCAGAAGUAGAGGAUGAAAACAUGGAGCAACAGCAAGAAGAGACAGAAAAAGAACCAACCACUCGCAAAAAGAUGCUCAGAGUGGAAGUGCCCGCGCCAUCGUCCAACGUCACAAACUCCUCUCCACCGCGCAAGAGAGGACGCAAGCCAAAAGAUGCGACAUCGACGAAACAACAACAAAAACCACAAAAGUCUCCUGUUAUUACUUCUGAUAAUAACAAAGUCUCGAAUCCCAAAAAGAGAGGGGCGUCCUCCUUACAAGUCGACGAAAAUGACGAACCCGAUAGCAAAAGACGCUCGAGGCGAAUAGCCUCGGUCUCGGAAACCCAGCCUGAGCAGAAACGUGUUCCGGCAAAGAGUAAUCGUGGGAGGAAGAGAAAUGUUUAA